AUGAUGCCUUCACGUCGUAUUAUGCCUCAGAAUCAAGUCUUCGCAAGUGGACCGCCUACAAGGAUGUUGUUGCCUGUACCAGGACAAAGAGGGAGUGUGACUGUUAAUGUGCCAAGAUCUAGCGAUAUUCUUUACAUACAGCGUUUGUCUCGUGUAUCUGAUGAACAGCGACUGUUUUUGGAUUUUAAAAUUAAGUUUCAGACUGUCACUGAACGUUUUACAGGUAAGAUAAGUUUAUACGUACAUAAAAAACUUUUUAUGAUAAAAAGUAUUUUUGUGAAUUAGUCCUAGUUAAACUUCUUAUAAUUUUAAAUUAUUCUUUGCUAUUUUAAAUAAACUUUUUUCAUUUUAAAACUCCAAUUUCACCUAAUUCUCUUCCAGGUGCCACAUGCAGCAUUUGUUAUGAAGACACAAAAGCAGAGGCCAUCAAAUGCUUACACUGUAAGAAGUAUGUAGCUUGUGUGGAAUGUGGUGUAAAGUGGAUUCGAAGACAAGUGACUGAAGCAGCAUCACCAUCUUGUUCAUGCUGUCGAGGCGAUUGGAAGGAUUUAAAGAAAGGCGUUGUCAAAAACGUUCAGAAGCCUUUUAUGAGUUCAGAUAUUGUUUUCAAUUUAGUUGCAUGGUGCGCUGGCGCAACUCUAGGUGCAUUUAUAGGUAUUUUACUAAGAUUGAUAAUAAAAAUAUAUGUAUGAGUAGGAUAUGCAUUGACAGUUCAUUUGUACUCUAAUCUAUAGAGAUUCCACAAAACUUUUGGGGCGGGUAAUUUUGAAGAUAAUUUUAAAUAAUCCCAAAAAGCUAUAUUAUGUUAGGUCUUGUUAUACAUUUGACUCUUUUGUAGACGACAUACUAUCUUACACAAUGCGUGGGAUAUGGGUAGAGCUGGAAAUUAUAAGGUGCAUUUGGGGUAUGGGAAGGACAUGGGUCAAGGUAUUAUUAUUAGGUACCAGUUAUGUCGUUCAAGCAUGUAAUUCUGUGCCCCUGACUCCAAAAAUUUGCUUUGAGAGGGGUUCAGAUUUAUUUGAAUAAUCUUAUAUCAUUAAUAGAAAGAAAAGAUAGUGUAAGGUAUGAUAAAGUAAAUUCAGUUAGGGUAUUAUGGGAUAGUAUGCGUCAGGGUAUAGCAGAAAGAUAGAAACCUUUUUUUGUUGUCCAACAUUGCUUACCUCAAUUUUUCGCUAUUUUUGAUUUUUCGAAUUUAAAAAAGCCAUUUCACUCCAAUUGUUGUUUUGUCUGCAAAAUUACCGGUCGAGUUGUGUUCAGCACUUGAUUGAAUCAAAAUGGCAGAUGACCUUCCAUUACCCAAGUAUACGCCUUCGGAGACGUUUAUGGACAUUCCCAACUACUUGGCCUACAUUAUUGAAACGAAACAGAAUGUAAAUGAUGUUGAAGUAGAUAGUUUGGAACAAGUUGAAGUAAAAGUUGGACAGGUGAAGAACAAUUUUGAUGUCAACGUAGCCAAACCUCCAGGACAAUACGAACGUGAUGAAGUGGCCAACUUCAAUCAAGUGGCCAAUGUCAGAAGCUCUUCAACUCAAACGGAUGGCCUUCAAAAGUUCGAAGAGCUAACUCCAGCCGAGUACAUUGAGAAGCUAAGUGUUCAAACGGCAGUCGAGAGAGUGAGCUAUGUCAAUUUGGAGACGGGUGAAGAAAAGAGUGAUCCUUGUUAUUCUGCCAAGGAUUCUGACAGUUGGGAAGAUGUUAAGACCGCGCUUCUGAAGGCUGAUCUUGUUGCAGAUUCAGUGGAUGGUAAAGGGGCAAACGAUGGAUCAAGUGAAGCCUUGGGAACGGCACGGAAUCCAAGCUGCAGUGAUGUAAAGACGGCACGGAGUCUAGGUUACAGUGAUGUAAAGACGGCACGGAGUCUAGGUUACAGUGAUGUAAAGACGGCUCGGUCGUUAGAAGAUCUCCACGGUGCUCCAGACGGCGUACGAUACGAAGCUAUUGGAUUGAGGAAUGACGGCUUGACUCCAGCUGAAUAUAUUGAGACGUUGAAUGUGUUUAAAGCUGUGGACAAGAAUUCUCUUAAUACUAAGGUAGAUUCUGAAGGCAAAAACCAAAAUUCAAAAGCUGAAGGUCAGGAUUCUGGAGCCCAAAUUCAAGAUUCAAGACUUCAAAAUCAGGAUUCUGAGCAAGAUCUUCGUACUGCUGUUAGUGUAGGUACAGGAACAGCUCAAGAAUAUACUAUUAGUGAAGAUUUGCAGUAUGGUGCUGAUGGUACUAACUUAGAUUUGAAGGAAAAACGAAAUAUCGGAGCUCAAAGUCAUGAUUCAAGCCUUCAAAAUCAGGAUUCUGAGCAAGAUCUUCGUACUGCUGUUAGUGUAGGCACAGAAACAGAUCAUGAUUAUACUAGUGAAGAGAAUUUACAGUAUGGUGCUAGUGGUACUAACUUGAGCUUGAAGGAAAAUCAAAAUGCCGAGCAAGAUCUUCGUACUGCUGUUAGUGUAGGCACAGAAACAGCUCAAGAUUAUACUAGUGGAGAGAAUUUACAGUAUGGUGAUAAUGGUACUAACUUGAAUUUGAAAGAUAGCCUUCAAAAUCAAGCUUAUGAGCACGAUCUACAUACUGCUGUUAGCUUAGGUACAGUGACAGCUCAAGAAUUUACCAGCGAAGAAGACUUACAUACUCUUGUUAGCCGAAGCCUUCAGACAGCUGCACCACAACAGAAUGAUUCAGAUUUGGUAACUGGAAUCAGCGCACCAACUCACACGGCUCGAGAACCUGAAGGCGAUGAGGACUUGGUAAAGGCUUUGCUUGAAAGUGGCAUGGUUGAAGAAUUUGUGAGAUUUUUUAAUUAAAUAGGGUAGGGUAUGGUAAAGUAGAGCAGGGUAUUUUAGGGUAGGGUAAGGUAGCGAAGUGGGGUAGGGUAAGGUAACGUAGGGCUUUUAGGCUACGAUAAUCCUUAACUUUGAUUAUAUUUUUAGCAGGAUCACCGCGCCACUCCAGAACAAUUGCUCAAAACUCAUAGCAAGAGUGCCAUUUUGAAGGAGAUGCAACUAUUCAAUGCCAAUUCUAAUCCAGCCCCAUUCGUGCCUCUGACUUUUGAAGAAACCUUGGCCAAAUAUAGGAAACUCUGA